AUCUCACACAAAAAUUUGAUAAUAUGCAGCUUGCUAUUUCCAAACUCACAAGUAUGCAUACGGUGCAAGAGAAAGGAAAAUUCCCUUCACAACCCCAACAAAAUCCAAGGGGAGUUCAUGAAAUCGGAGAAAAAAAUGAAAAUUCGGCCAAGGUAGAUGAAGUGAAGGCAAUCAUUACCUUAAGAGGUGGCAAACAAGUUGAUCAACCUAUGCCAAAACCAAAAGAAAAUAAAGGAGGAGAACAAGAAGAAAAUCAAGAUGAGAUUGUCAAUGAAGAGGUUAAGAAGAAAGAUAAGCUCUUAUCUCCACCUUUUCCAAAAGCUCUUCAAUCAAGGAAGGUGGUAAAUAAUGCAACUGAGAUUUUUGAAGUUCUCAAGCAAGUCAAAGUUAACAUACCACUCCUAGACAUGAUCAAGCAAGUUCCUCCCUAUGCCAAGUUCCUUAAAGAUUUAUGUACAAUGAAGAGGGGGCUGAACAUCAACAAGAAAGCUUUCUUAACUGAACAAGUUAGUGCAAUCAUCCAAUGUAAGACUCCAAUCAAAUAUAAAGAUCCAGGGUGUCCUACCAUUUCGGUGAAUAUUGGAGAUACAUAUGUAGAGAAAGCUCUUCUUGACUUGGGUGCAAGUGUAAAUCUUCUUCCCUAUUCGGUGUACAAGCAAUUGGGGCUAGGGGAACUCAAGCCUACUUCUAUCACAUUAUCUUUGGCUGAUAGGUCAAUUAAAAUUCCAAGAGGAAUGAUUGAAGACGUAUUGGUUCAAGUGGAUAAGUUUUACUAUCCGGUUGAUUUUAUUGUUCUUGAUACGGAGCCAACAGCAAGAGAACCUAAUCAUGUUCCAAUCAUUCUUGGAAGACCUUUCUUAGCCACAGCAAAUGCUUUAAUAAAUUGCCGGAAUGGGGUAAUGCAACUCACUUUUGGGAAUAUGACUCUUGAGCUGAAUAUUUUUCAUCUAUGCAAAAGACAUCCAAAUCAAGAUGAGGAUGAACAAGAAGAGGCUUGCUUGAUUGAUACUCUUAUAGAAGAACAUGCUUAUGAAGAAUUUGAAGAAAUUGAGCAAGAAGAAAAAAUUGAGGGAGCUAAUGAAAUUGCCUCCAUGAAUCAUCCUAUGCAAUGGAAAGCAAAAGAAAAGCCUUUACCUCUAACCAAUGAUGAAGAAGAAAAGAAGGAAGAAUCACCUAAGCUUGAUCUCAAGCCAUUGCCAAGUGAUUUAAAAUAUGCAUACCUUGAGGAAGAUAAGUUUCCGGUGGUGAUCUCUUCAAAAUUAUCAUACCAACAAGAAACUAGCUUGUUGGAAGUUCUAAGAAAAUGCAAGGAAGCUAUUGGUUGGUCCAUUUCUGAUCUUAAGGGGAUAAGUCCUUUGGUAUGCACUCACCACAUUUAUUUGGAGGAAAAUGCUAAGCCAAUUCGUCAACCUCAAAGGCGAUUGAAUCCUCACAUGCAAGAAGUUGUUCGAAAUGAGGUACUUAAGCUGUUACAAGCUGGAAUUAUCUACUCUAUUUCGGAUAGCACUUGGGUGAGUCCUACUCAAGUUGUACCUAAAAAGUCGGGAGUAACCGUGGUACAAAAUGAAAAGGGAGAAUCUAUUCCCACAAGAUUGACCACCGGAUGGAGGGUGUGGAUUGAAGUGGAUAAAGCAAAGAUUGAGAUAAUUGUGAAUCUACCACCACCAACAAAUGUUAAAGAAGUUAGACAAUUCCUUGGUCAUGCAGGUUUUUAUAGACGUUUCAUCAAGGAUUUCUCUAAGCUAGCAAGACCUAUGUGUGCCUUACUUGCUAAGGAUGCCAAAUUCAAAUGGGAUCAAAAUUGUCAACAUUGCUUUGAAGAGCUGAAGAGACUAUUGACUACUGCACCUAUAGUGAGAAGACCAAAUUGGGACCUGCCUUUUGAAGUUAUGUGUGAUGCAAGUGAUCAAGCAAUGGGAGCAAUUCUAGGGCAAAGAGAUGAGGGGAAACCUUAUGUUAUCUACUAUGCAAGUAAAACUCUUAAUGAGGCACAAAAGAACUACACCACCACUGAAAAAGAGUUGCUUGCGGUUGUCUUUGCAUUAGACAAGUUUAGAGCAUAUCUUGUUGGAGCUCCUAUAGUGAUCUUCACCGACCAUUCAGCUUUGAAAUAUUUAGUCAACAAGAAAGACUCUAAAGCAAGGCUAAUUCGUUGGAUCCUACUUCUUCAAGAAUUCAAUCUUGAAAUAAAGGAUAAGAAAGGUGUAGAGAAUGUGGUAGCUGACCAUCUAUCCCGAAUUUCUGUGGAACACAUUCCGGAAAGCCCCCCCAUCAAUGAAGAAUUUCCUGAUGAUGCUCUUUUGAAAGUAGACACCAAUCCAUGGUAUGCUCAUAUUGCAAAUUAUCUAGUCACUAGAGAACUACCUAAGGAAUGGACUAUUCAAGAGAGAAGAUUUUUCUUAUCCAAGGUGCAUGCAUACUAUUGGGAAGAACCAUUUUUGUACAAGUAUUGUGCUGAUCAACUCAUUAGGAAGUGUGUACCAGAAGAAGAACAACAAGGAAUUCUUAUGCAAUGCCAUGCUUAUGCUUGUGGAGGCCAUUUCUCCACUCAAAAGACAGCUUUGAAGGUUCUCCAAUCAGGUUUUUAUUGGCCUACUGUAUUUAAAGAUGCACAUGAAGUUUGUAAGUCUUGUGACAAGUGUCAAAGGCUUGGGAAAUUGACAAAGCGACACAUGAUGCCACUUAAUCCCAUAUUGGUAGUGGAAUUAUUUGAUAUAUGGGGGAUUGAUUUCAUGGGACCGUUUCCACUCUCUUUUGGAUACUCCUAUAUCCUGGUAGGAGUUGACUAUGUGUCAAAAUGGGUAGAAGCAAUAGCUUGUAAGCAUAAUGAUCACAAAGUCGUUGUUAAAUUUCUCAAGGAAAAUAUAUUCACAAGGUUUGGGGUGCCAAAGGCCAUUAUUAGUGAUGGGGGUACUCACUUUUGCAACAAGAUAUUCAACAACUUUCUCGCUAGAUAUGGAGUGAAACACAAAGUAGCCACACCUUACCAUCCACAAACAAGCGGACAAGUGGAGUUAGCUAACCGUGAAAUCAAGAGCAUCCUGAUGAAAGUGGUGAAUGCAAACCGCAAGGAUUGGGCAUUAAGACUUCAUGAUGCACUUUGGGCUUACCGAACUGCCUACAAAACAAUUCUUGGAAUGUCACCGUAUAGGUUGGUUUUUGGUAAGGCAUGUCAUCUACCAGUGGAAAUGGAGUAUAAAGCAUGGUGGGCCAUAAAGAAAUUGAAUUUUGAUAUGCAAAGAGCUGGGUUGAAGAGAUUCCUAGAUUUGAAUGAGUUAGAGGAGAUGAGGAACGAAGCCUACAUGAAUUCAAAAAUUUCUAAGGACAAACUCAAGAGAUGGCAUGAUCAAAUUGUCCUUAGGAAGGAGUUUCAAGAGGGACAAAAGGUGCUCCUAUAUGAUUCAAAAUUGCACAUCUUUCCGGGAAAGCUUAAAUCUCGAUGGAAUGGCCCAUACUUGGUUCAUAAAGCGUAUUCGAAUGGAGUAGUCGAAAUUACUAAUCCAAAGAAUGGAUGUAUCUUCAAAGUUAAUGGACAUCGGCUUAAACCAUAUAUGGAACCUAUGGUGCAAGAGAAGGAGGAGCUAUUUACUCGAACACUCCCGCGAUUUCAAGCAUUUCAGAUGGGAAAUCAAAAACUAAAAUCAUCAGACAUUGAGAAAGAAUUUGUGGUGAUGAAUGACGGAAAUGGCGAAGACACUGACCCCGAAUCACCUCCGGGAUUUUCCCUCUCUGAACCUCCCAUUUCUGGACAUCGAAACCAGAGGAAUGUCGCAAGAUCUUCAAUAGAUAAAGGAAAAUCAAAGAUGGUUGCUACUCCUGGAAAAUUACCGGUGAAGAGAACACGAAGCGUCAGAGCUCGAACUCUUUCAAAUUUUCCGGCAUCCCCUGCUACUCCUUCAGAGCAACAUGUUGUAGUUCAAUCCACCGUUGCUAAAGCCCCUGCUCCUACUCCGGUUACAAAAUCUGCACCUCCACCAAGCCGACCACCUCAGUUUCAAUUCACGAAAGCACCGAAGAAGAAAUUAGCUACUGGUGCAAGGGAGGACUGCUCAGGUAGAAAAUUUCAUGAAGAAUGGUACUAUGAUUUCAAGGCUUUUGCUGCAUCAUCUAUUACUAAAUUCUCCACGGAGCUUUGUUGUCGAUAUUUUUUGGAGCCAUUCAUGGUGCCUAGACCAUUCUUCUAUCCUCGCAUAAUUCGGGAAUUUUAUCGCACCAUGACUAGCAGAGGAGUCUACCCACCUUCAGUGAUUUAUUUCGAAAUUGAUGGGAAACAAGGUAUGCUAAAUUCUGAAAUGGUAGCAAGAGCUUUGGAUAUUCCUUUCACACCUCCAAAUCCAGCUGAGUUUCAACCUAUUACUUGA